UGUCCUUUGCUGCCAGCCCAGAUAUCCCCUAGGUCUGAGGCCGGUAACAAUUGGGGGCUCGUCCGGGAUUAGCACAUCUCGCCUGGCACUGUUGUCAUAGUAACGUGGGAAUCCUGCACCCAGUGUUUCAGGGAAGACUACUUUGCCAAGUGUCAUCCAGAGAACAACUGCCACAGGUGAUGCAUCAGCAUGACUACUUUAAGCCCACGGCGAGUGCUGCUCUUCAAGAUCCAAAAGAAGCUUUCAGAUUUGAGUUUUAGUCAGCUUCAGACUGUUGCAAGUUCGAUAGAUGACGGUCGUAAAACUUACCAGGUAGCAGAUCUAAGUGAACCCGAACUUUAUGACCUAAUUGUCGACUACAUCAGAAGUGAUGAGUUAAAAGCGGCAGAAGAUGAGGGCAUGACUCAACUUCUCCUCCUUUCUGACCUACUUAAUGACGUGCUAUCAGCUGCAGGAACCAGAGCCGCGGAAUCGGGUAAUGUGGCACCUGUCUUGAUGGGAGAUUCACCAACACAGCAACAGGGUCACACUCCAACUGAUGACGAUGGAGAAGUUUGCACACAACCGUUACACAUGGACAGAGACACUCGCACACAAUCAUUACUCAUGGACAGAGAAACUCGCACACAAUCAUUACGCAUGAACAAAGAGACUGACAUGCACUCAUCAUUUCAGGGCAGAGACACCUAUGCACUUACCAGAGAAGUCACCUCAUCAACGCCUGGUAUGCCAGACCAAAUUGGUGCUGCUCCUUUGGGUAGGAUGAACUCAUCUAACAUUGCUGACCAUGUUGUAAGAUUGUCUGAUGUUUCAGCUUUGUUACCACGUAGAGAGUUUAAGUUGCAUGGUGGUCAAAUUUGUGAUACAGGCUGUGACAUGUCUUUCAAUUGUCUCUGUAAGCAAAUGGAUCAAGGGUUGCAGGAGGGUUUCAGUGAGUCUGAGAUUAUCAGAGCAGUCCUUAAGAUAACAAAACCUGGUACAUUCAGAGAGAUGUUGGUUAAUAAGGAUGAUCUUACUACUGAUGGGUUGAAAAGAUUUCUGCGCUCCCACAUUAGAGACAAAAAUGUAACUGAACUUUUUCAAGAGCUAACUAGUGCUAGACAAAAUGACAAAGAAAGCCCACAACAGUUUCUUUACCGAAUAAUGGGCCUGAAGCAGCGUGUUCUUUUUGAGUCACAACAACCUGGUGUAGGUUUUAGCUAUAACAAAGAGCUCGUUCAGGGCACUUUCAUUCACACACUUUACCAGGGGUUAAAUGAGAGGAACAGCCAUGUCAGACGUGAUCUUAAACCUUUUCUCUCAGACAUGCAGGUUAGUGACGACUUGCUCUUGGAAGAAAUAACAAAAUCAACAGCUGAAGAAGAAGGGCGAUUGAAAAGACUGGGUUCAGUAGGUAAAAGCAGACCAGUUACUGUAAGCGCAGCUCAGCACUCCCAAAGUGAACUGAACACCCCAACAAAAGUUGACGCUGAGUUGCAAGCAAACCGUGAUGCGAUCAAAGAAUUAACUGCUCAAGUUUCUUCUCUAACCAAGCAUCUAGCCCAGAUGUCCACCCCCACUGAGGCUGUGAAGCUGAAAGACUGCCACUCACCUACUGACCGCACACAACCACCAUGGUCUGAGACCAGAGGUAGAUGCAAUGACUGUGUACAAAAAAACAAUACCAACUGUGUUCACUGCUUUGUUUGCGGCCAGGCAGGACAUCGCGCCAUUGGCUGUCUCCAACGAAGGUUGUCGGGAAACGGGAAGAGGUCGCUGGAGAGGGGCAGCCAGUGAUCCUAAGCAGUGAUGAGCCCCGAGAAAAGGUCAAAACACCUAAACACUCACAGUCAAACUUACAGUACCAGUCAGACCCAAAGAAAAGAGUAGCUCAACUCAUUGGUAAGCGAUGCAUGGUCUCAUGUUCCAUCAAUGGUGUACCUCUUCAGAUGCUGCUUGAUUCAGGGGCACAAGUGACCAUGGUGAGCAAAUCGUGGAUUGAACAAGCACUACCCUGUAUAAAAAUACAGCCACUUGGAUCGUUAUUUGAUCAUUCCCUUGAAAUUUCUGCUGCUAAUAAUACUCAGGUUCCCCUUGAUGGAUGGGCAGAGAUUGAUCUUCAGAUAUGCAGCCAGCGUCAUGGGCGCCUUACAAUCAGGGUGCCACUUCUUAUCAGUCGUGACUGCAAUUACCCUCUUUUAGGUAGUAAUGUAAUUGCGGAGAUGAUCAAAGCAAACACUGAUCAGGACGAUAUUGUAAAUGUAACUGAAAUACUGAAAGAAGCUUUGAGUGUCAGUGACAGUACCGUGCAAGCAUUAGUCUUCACUCUCCAGACCAUUAAACCCACGGAGAUGCCACAGUGUAAUGUACGCCUUGGCAAGAAAGGUGUAAAUAUCCCUUCAGGCAAGAUUCGUGAAGUCCAGUGUAGAAUUCGAGGAUGGAACAGUGGAGGUACGAUGAUGUUUCAGCCGAGCCCUGAGAAUCAUUGCCCGGAGGGUCUAGAAUUGUUCCCAGCUUUAGUUGAUGUUCCUGAUGGCUCAUCCAAGCGCAUCAAAAUCCCAAUUCAGAACUCAACAAAACAUGACAUCUAUCUUGCAAAGAAAACCAUUCUUGGUACUCUUGAAGAUAUACUUGAUCUUAAACCAAUCCCUCGUCCCUCCAUAAACGGUGAGCCAACGCCUCAGAAUACAGCCCACUUGUGUGCAGCUCAAUUGUGUACUCAUGAGCAGACUUUGAGAGAAAAAGAAAUGCAUAAACCCACACACAUGACCAAAGACAAAUGGCAUCCUCCUGUUGACUUGUCUCAUCUAGCUGAGGAAGAGCAGGAGAUUGCGAAAUGUAUGUUAUUCGACCAGUCAGAUGUCUUUGCUAAAGAUGACACCGAUAUUGGUUGCAUUUCUGACUUACAACUUAAAAUCUACUUAAAAGAUGAUACACCAGUCCAAAGGUCCUACAAUGCAGUCCCAAAGCCCUUGUAUAGAGAGGUUAAGGAACAUGUUCAAAAGCUGCUAGAUCAUGGAUGGAUUAGAAAGUCUGUAUCACCUUAUUCCUCUCCCGUGGUCUGCGUAAGGAAAAAAGAUAUGAGCCUACGCCUUUGUGAUGAUUUUCGUGGACUUAACAGCAAAACUAUCCCCGACCGUCACCCCCUUCCACGUAUUCAGGACCUAUUAGAUAGCCUGGGAGGUUACUCAUGGUUUUCCAUACUCGACCAGGGCAGUGCAUAUCACCAGGGCUUUGUUGAGGAGAACUCCAGGCACCUGACAGCUUUCAGCACGCCUUGGGGAUUGUAUGAGUGGAUCCGUCUUCCUUUUGGCCUUUCCAAUGCGCCGGCGGCUUUCCAAAGAUGUAUGGAGGGUGUGUUGAGUGGUCUGAGGGAUGAAUGCUGUUUUCCCUACUUAGACGAUGUUCUCUGCUUUUCCAAAUCCUUUCAG